ACACACAGACACAAGCCACUACUAUCAUUAAAUCUGUGUGUCCAAGACAGACAAAGGCUGUACUGAAAGUAUGAAAGCAGUACUUCCCACUGUUCUGAAAUAGGAGGACUAGGAUAAACUAAGUAGCUUCACGUGGAGAUGUAUUUGAAAUGCAAAAGAAGGAAGAAAAUAGACAUGUCUACAUUAUAAGUGAGAUUUAACUAACAUUUCUGUUUCAGAAUGGCCUGCACUCCAGAGCUGGGGAAGGGAAAAUGAUGAAUCCAUCCCCGUUUCAUUGGCUUAACUUCCCGUCUGCUUUUCUGAUUUUCUAGAUUGACGUUAGAGGUGCAUACGUCCUGGGUAUCUAUCUACAUUUGACGUCAUUUGAUCCCUGGAAGGACAGCGCACCUCAGAAGCACACAGCAGAAUAAAGGGUCUGCUGGACACGCAGUUGGAAUCAACAGAUGCAGCUCACAGAACCACACCUCCCAGGAUUUACGUGGCAUUCAUACUCUCCAAUAUAGUCCGUUCAAAACACAGGCUCCAGCGACCCUGGGAGAUUCAGGUGAAGAAAGACAGGCCACGUAAGGUGUAAACCCUUUGUGGUCCUAGGCCAAAAGGUGUGGUGAAGAACAUUGCUUUAGGGAACACCUGCCACGGCCAGACCCUUCAACCUCUAUUAAUUCCGUCUUGACAGGAAACUCAAAUCAUAAUGGCUGCUGAGUAUAUCCUAUGCAAUUGGAAAGGCCACAUUUGGCCAGCAAAGGCUUUGUCCAGAUCUGGGAUCUCACCAAAAUAUAUGAGGAAAAGACCACUUUCUCUAGAAGUUCAAAUACUCUCAGUAGGUAAAAAAAUUAAAGUGAAAAGAACAGACAUAAAGCUCCUAAAUGAGUCUCAAAUUGAAUCCUUGCUAGUGGCCCAGUCAAAGGCCAGUGUUCCACCAGGACAGAAAGUGGCCUACAGAAAUGCUCUUAAAGUGGCACUGGAGAUCCUGAAUAAGAGAGCAAAUUUUGGUCCAGCAAGAGCAUCAGAUGGUCUAGAGACCACUACACCAUCUCAAAGGAGACCACAAAUGCAAGCUCGUAAAAAGUACCGGAAGCCUAAAGGUACCUUACUGAGGAGUCUUAGGAAAAGAAAAAACCUCAAAUCGCUGCUGGUGUGUUCACAGAAUAAAAACGCCCCAGACAGUGGCCCAUCACAGGCGCACACAACCAUCACGCAUACACUAAGGGAAAGGCGAGCAAAGUCCUCGCGAAGCUGCAGCAUGUGCUCAAAGUUCCCAUCACUUUCGGAAGAUGAUCAUAAGACAGGAGGCCGACCACACACACACACAACGGUCACGCGUACUCUAAGGGAAAGGCGAGCAAAGUCCUCGCGAAGCUGCAGCAUGUGCUCAAAGUUCCCAUCACUUUCGGAAGAUGAUCAUAAGACAGGAGGCCGACCACACACACACACAACGGUCACGCGCACUCUAAGGGAAAGGCGAGCAAAGUCCUCGCGAAGCUGCAGCGUGUGCUCAAAGUUCCCAUCACUUUCAGAAGAUGAUCAUAAGACAGGAGGCCGACCACACACACACACAACGGUCACGCGCACUCUAAGGGAAAGGCGAGCAAAGUCCUCGCGAAGCUGCAGCGUGUGCUCAAAGUUCCCAUCACUUUCAGAAGAUGAUCAUAAGACAGGAGGCCGACCACACACACACACAACGGUCACGCGUACUCUAAAGGAAAGGCGAGCAAAGUCCUCGCGAAGCGGCAGUGUGUCCUCAAAGCUCCCAUCACUUUCAGAAGAUGAUCAUAAGACAGGAGGGAAAGGAAAUAGGGACACAUCAAGAGGUAUGUCUUUGCAUCGCACAGUCAAAGAGAAGGGUACAAGUGCUAAAGAUGGAGGCGUCCUUCCACCUUUGUCACCAAGCUUCAACCUCACUUUGCCCAAAGCUCACAAAGAAGAGGCACAUGACACCUACCCAAGGACCCUGGCUGUCUCCUGUGAAAGCUCUGCCUUCUCGGGGAAUGUUGAGGACCAUGGAGAGGUUGCCUGGAAGCCAGGCUUGGAAGGUGCAGCAGCAUCCUCCAGUGCCCCUAAACAGAGGCGGUGUUAUUCACUCGGUCUGGCAAAUAGAAAAAGGAAGCUGCAGGUGACAGAGUUUGAGAAAGGGCUGCAAGAACUUCAACCUUCAGUCAACUCAAAGGCUAUUAACCCCACCACCACUAUUAAAAAGAAUGCCAACAAAGAAAUGGGACAAGUGGCAAGCAUGGAUUUUCCACAAGAGCCUUGUCCCAUUGAAGGAGGAAUGAUGGUCUGGUUCAAAUUUCAGAAUCACCCAUUUUGGCCUGCAGUAGUAAAGAGUGUCAGCCAAACAGAGCAGACUGCAAGGGUGCUUUUGGUUGAGGCAAACAUGCACUGUGAAAUGAGUGGCAUUCGAGUUCCUCUUCGAAGAUUAAAGCACCUGGAUUGUAAAGAGAAAGAAAAACUAAUAAAGAGAGCCAGGAAAUUGUACGAGCAAAGUGUGAACUGGUGCUUCUCCCUGAUUGCCCACUACAGAGAAAGGCUCAGGCGAGGUUCUUUUGCAGGCAGUUUCCUGGACUAUUAUGCUGCUGACAUCAGUUACCCAAUUAGGAAAGCCAUCCAAGACAGGGAUCUGGAGAUUGAUUUCCCAAAGGUGAAUUAUGCCGACCUGGAAGAUUUUGAGGAGGAGACCUCCCUGGACGGGAAGAGGCCCUGCAAGAAAAUUCUCCCUGACCGGAUGAAGGCUGCUCGGGACCGAGCCAACCAGAAGCUAGUGGACUUCAUUGUGAAAACAAAGGGGGCCGAUCACCAUCUUCUGGACAUUGUCCAAGGCAGGAAACAGUCCAGGUGGCUGGUAUCAUUUAGGAAUUCGAGCAGGUACGUGAUCUGCGUUGAAACAUACCUGGAGGACGAAGACCAGUUGGAUGUGGUGGUAAGACAUUUACACGAAAUCUACAAACAAAUAGACAAGAAAACGCUGAAUCUGGUAAGGGAUGACAAAGUGAGUUUUGUUCUGGAAGUUCUUCUGCCAGAAGCAAUCAUUUGUUCAAUUGCUGCACUUGAUGGAUUGGAUUACAAGGAGGCAGAAAAAAAGUACCUACAGGGGCCACCUGUGCAUUACCGGGAAAAAGAGCUAUUUGAUAAAAAUAUCCUAAAGAAAAUAAGAAAGAGAUAAGCAACAAGGAGCAAGACUAGUUAACUCCCCCUGUACCCACACUUUAGCAGGAAGACCUCUCAUCACCCUGUCUGUAUGAAAUGUGUGAUCGUUCCACUCUCUAUGGCAUGUAAAUAUGUUCUGGAAAUUUGAGACCUUGGGAAUACGCUGGAUUCAUUUUGGAUCCAUCUCUAGCACUUGUGGGUAGCACAGUCAUCAUCUUUUCUAGUACCCAAAUGCCUCACAAAUUAAUUUGUUAAAAUAUUGCAAACAGUUGUGCUUCCCUCUACUUGCUUGGAUGUGUAACUGUCCAGAUGUUUUCCUAACAUGGCUUUUAACCGUACUUCAUAUUUUAAUAUAGCACACACACAUUAUUUUAUUACAUGAAAGAGCACUGGUAUCAAACAUUAAGCAACGAUCAUUUUUAAAAUCCAAGAUAGACUCUUACAGAAACAAUCUGCAAUCUCUCAUUCCUUUUGUGACACCUGAGUAUAAAUGAUUGGGUUCCUUCUUAAGAUAAUUCCUGAAUUUUUUCUGCCACGCUUGUUUGUUUGGGAAAAAUAGCCCUGAGAGCUGAAACCAAUGACAGAGAUGUUUUCUAUAUAUUAUCACUACCUUCAAAUGGUUCUUGCAAAAGCAGUCUGGAAUCCAAAGUUAAUGGAUCAUUUGCACGUAGUCCACACGUGGGUGAAUGAAAUCUCAACGUGCAGUAAACAUUUUGCCAGCCUGUGAAAGAUUGUUAAAACUCUACAUUUCCCUGAGAUUCCACUUACGGAAGUAGCUCUUGUUCAAUGGCUGAAUGGUUUCCUUAAAACAGACAGGCUCCUGGCUGUCUUCUUAACUGACUGGAUCCUUUGCGUAUACUGCUUUAUCCCCAUGUGGAUGACAACUAGACUAAUCGUACACACCGUUUACCUAUUUUAGACCUAGGAGUCCAGGCUCACUGCUAAGAGCCUGUCUGAUUGGCACAAAUUGUAGGAAAGCUCGCAUUUUGCUCUGGACCUGUGUGCCCUAAAAUGCAGUCGUUUGUCUGAAGCUAAGCAAGCUUUCUCUUUUGACUUAUUCAUUGACUAGCCCUGACAGGUUCCAACUGUUAUGCAGGCUGGAAAGUCAUUCCAGGCUGCUUGAGCAAUAGAUGGACCGGGAUCUGGGAACUUGGAAAUGGGCUACAGAAAAGUAUCCGUUUGGCUAAAUAUGGCUGUUGUCAGAAUACAAUGAGACAUAUGUAACUAAAAGAUAAAUUCUGAAGCCCGUGAAUUGUUAUCCUACUUGAAACGAGAGUUUUUUCAGACAAAAAAUGUUGGGAAAGCUAGUUUACUUUUAAAACUUGUUGUGAAAAUAAACACUAAAGGUUUAAUAUACACCUGAGUGCAUUUUUAUUCUCAGAGAGAGUCAACUGUCACUCACAGGCCCAUGUUAUGUGUCCACAUGGCCGUGUGAUUUGUGUGUGUGUAAAAUUUUCAAGAGCUAGCUGUUUUGAUUCACGAUAAAACCACUGUAUCUUUCACCUUGAA